GUCACUUCCGAGGCGGAAGGAUGGAGCUGAUUGACCAUGGUCUUUCCAGCAACCAGGAAGAGUCUGCUGAAGGUGAGGGCCAUGGACUUUAUCACCUCUACAGCCAUCCUGCCACUGCUGUUUGGCUGCGUGGGCAUCUUCAGCCUCUUCCGGCUGCUGCAGUGGAUGCGCAUGAAGACCUAUCUGAGGAAUGUGGUGGUGGUGAUUACAGGCGCCACCUCAGGCCUGGGGAAAGAAUGUGCAAAAGUUUUCUACUCUGCGGGCUCUAAGCUGGUGCUCUGUGGCCGGAAUGCGGAAGCCCUAGAAGAGCUCACCAGAGAACUCACUACUUCUCGUGCCACCAAGGUGCAGACACACAAGCCUUACACAGUGACCUUCGACCUCACAGACCCUGGAGCUAUAGUUGCAGCAGCAGCUGAAAUCCUGCAGUGCUUUGGCUAUGUGGACAUACUUAUCAACAAUGCUGGGAUCAGCUACCGUGGUACUAUCAAAGACACCACAGUGGAUGUGGACAAGAGGGUCAUGGAGACAAACUACUUUGGCCCAGUUGCUCUGACAAAAGCACUCCUGCCCUCCAUGAUCAAGAGGAGGAGAGGCCACGUCGUUGCCAUCAGCAGCAUCCAGGGCAAAAUCAGCAUUCCUUUUCGAUCGGCCUAUGCAGCCUCCAAGCACGCAACCCAGGCAUUCUUUGACUGUCUACGUGCCGAGAUGGAACAGUAUGAAAUCGAGGUGACUGUUAUCAGCCCUGGCUACAUCCACACCAACCUCUCUCUAAAUGCGACCACUGCUGAUGGGUCCAGAUAUGGAGCUACAGACAAGACCACAGCACAGGGCCGAAACCCUGCGGAGGUGGCUCAGGAUGUUCUUGCUGCUGUGGGCAGGAAGGAGAAAGAUGUGAUCCUGGCCGACUUACUGCCUUCCUUGGCUAUUUAUCUUCGAACUCUAGCUCCUGGGCUUUUCUUCAGCCUCAUGGCCUCCAGGGCCAGAAAGGAGCGGAAAUCCAAGAACUCCUAGUGGUGCAUCAGAGCCGGGCACAGAAGCAACACCUUCUUAGGCUUGGUUGCUCUACAAGGGACAGUUGCAUUUGUUGGGACUUUAAUGGAGAUUUGUCUCACAGGUGGGAAGGACUGAAGAGAAACUCUUCUCCUAUAGAUCCCUAGCUAGGCCCCUGCUGGCAGAGAACACUACCCGGAAAGGCAAUAAGCUUCGUCAGAGGGGUGGGGGGAGCACUUAAGGAGUAAAUGUGGAACUGGGAUUUAAAUCUAAAAAUAUGAAAUAAAUGACAUAAUUCUCAAGGAUA